AUGUCUUGUCGUUCGUUGUUUGCGGUUGGAGUCAUUGCCGGCGACCCGGCCCCAUCGGCGGUGGGCCGCACUAUGAGCCGCUUUACGUAUGAGGAUCCACGGAUAUCACCCGAUGGCCGAUGGGCACCCGAUGGGAGCUUUCUGGACACAGGCGGUGGAGGCUCGCAGGAGAAAGAUUUCAUUUACCCUGGAAUGGCGGCCGGCACGGCAGCGGCCAAGAUCUCCGAAAAGCUUUUCCCGCGGGCCGGUGCGCUAGCCAAGCGCCUUGUGGACCUCGUACAGCCUGUUAAGGCGGAACGACCCGAGGCUAGUGGUGGACCAAGGUUCUUCUCACCGACCAAGAUCGCGGGGUUGACCCUGAGAGUACGCAUGCCGCCAGCAGGCUCUUUACGACCAAUGAGCCCUAAGCUCACCACGAGAUGCGCCAAGCCAGAUUCCUACUCACAAUACAUCGAUGGCUUUUCAUCUUGGUAUCAUCCCAAGGACAUCCUUUCCUCAGUCAAACUGAGCGAGGCAACUGUCCAACCCUCAGGUCAAACCUGCGAGUACGCCCACGAGCCCCAGCGCACCAAUGCCCACCAACGGCCCAACCGACGCCGCAGCACCGGUCUGCGAGGGCGCCGCUCCUCCAGUAGCACAAGAUCCUCCCCACUGCAUCCUGCUCGAAAGACUCAUCUCCUGCGCCUCGCCCGCCGUCGCAGCGCACGGCUGCACCUCGUGCGUGAUGCUCGCAGUGACAGCACAAGAGCUCGUCGUCUCGGGCCGCGGGUUCAGCGACGGCAUCAGACCGUGAAACGUCGUCAGUUGCGAGAAACUGACGGACCACUCGAUGCUCCAGCCGUAGUGGUAGGCCGCAUUCGGGUUCUGCAGGGAGACAAGGACUGGCAGGCCGAUUUCUGUCUCUGCAUAGACGCCGCCGGCGCGUGGGAAGACGAGGUCGAGCUCGAUGGCGUUGGACGGCAGCUCGGCGGCGACGGGCUGAUGGGCUAG